AUGCGUCGCUUGCUCGCUGACAACGGCUGGAACAGGGGGGGUGCUUUGGACUCAACUCAGGCGCGCGCCAGCGAUGGCAAGCUGUGGCGCAAUCAUCCAAAGAAGCCACCUGCAGCUACCAGGGUGACACGACACAUUGGCAGCAAACAGCAGUGCGUGCACCUCAUUCCACCCUUUGGACCCAAGGGCACCUCCCCAGGCGUUGCCCUGGCCAUCUUCGUAUUCGACACAAGGUGUGACAGACGCACCCCUGCGGACGAAUCGCAACGCUUCCUCGCCGAAGCCAGCGUGGUCGGCAUCAGACCAUGA